AUGGAGAAUUAUCGAGAUAAUCUUCAUGUUUUAACAAAGAACUAUGAUGUAUGUGUAAUAGGAGCAACUAAUGUUGGAAAAACUUCAUUAAUUAAUAGAUACAUAUAUGGAAUAUUUGAUGAAAAUUUAAAAUUAGAUAAUGAAGAAAUUUAUAUAAAACAAGAUUAUGAUUUAAAAAAUAACAAAAUUAAACAAUCUAUCAUUUAUGAUUCUGAUUUUCAUGAAGAUAUGUAUUUAAAUUCCAAAAAGAUUUCAAUUUUAAAUGCUUCAAGAUUAAUGUUUUUAUAUUCAAUUGAUAAUUUAGAAAGUUUUGAAAUGAUUGAAGAAUUUUUAAAUUUUAUAAAAACUUUUUAUAAGGGUAAUAAUGAUGAAGAAGAAGUAAAAUUAAAAGAAGAUAAUUAUGGUGAAAAAAUUCCACCUUUUAUUUUAGUUGGUUCAAAAUCAGAUUUAGAAAGAGAAAGAGUUAUAGAAUAUGAACAAGGUGAAGAAAUGUGUAAAAAGUUAGGUGGUUUAGCAUUUUUUGAAACUUCUUCAAAAUUGAAUGUUGGUAUAAAUGAAUGUUUUAAUGAAAUAUUAAAUUUAAAUGAAAAUGAAAAUAAUAAAAAGCAUUCGGAUUUUAAAAGUAGUAAUGAAGAAGAAUUAACUAAUACUAUGAGAAAUACAGAUAGUAAUAGCAUUUCAAAUUAUGAAUCAUCAAUAAUAAACCCAAAUAAAUCAAAUAAAACCCCAUCAACAAGUCAAGAAAUUAAUUUAAAUGACGAUAACAAACAAGAAGCAAUGGCAACAACAACUAUACAACAACCAAGACCAAAAUUAACAUUAUCAAAUCCAUCAUUAGUUAGGUUAUCAACAACUUUACAAAAUUAUCAAAAACAUCUUUCUGAAACUUCUACUUUAGCUAAUUUUCCAAUACCAAAUUAUAUUGAUGAUAGUAUAAGUGAGAAGAAGAUAAGUAGUGGGAAAAUACGAUCAAAUCAAUACGAAAAUACUAUUGAAAAAUAUGGUAAAAGAACGAAACAAAAGGAAAGAACUAGUAAGAAAGGUUGUUGUAUUAUUACUUAA